AGUUCAAGAUGGCGGCUUCAAGUGGGAAGAAAGAGCUGAAAGAGAUCAAAAUGUGAACAUUUAGAAAUAAAAUUUCCUGUUUUGUCUUCGUCUGAAUGAACAUCAAAGAUGUUCACUUUGCUCUCCGGAUUAUGGCGUUACAUGUUUCAGAAAGACGAAUAUUAUAUACUCAUUUUGGGAGUAGAUAACGUUGGCAAAACGACGUUCUUGGAACAAGUGAAAAGAAAGUUUAAUAGCGAUUACAGAGGGAUUCCUUUUGAGAAAAUAACAAAUACAGUUGGUUUGAAUAUUGGUAAAGUUGAUGUUUCUGGUGUACGAUUAUUGUUCUGGGACCUCGGAGGACACCAGGACCUUCAGUCACUCUGGGAUAAGUACUAUCAGGAGUGCCAUGGUCUUAUAUACCUUGUCGAUUCAGUUGAUGAACCAAGGCAUGAUGAAGCUGCCAAAGUUUUCAGUCAUGUGAUCCAAAGUCCUGAUCUCGAGAAUGUCCCACUUUUGGUACUGUUUAAUAAGCAAGACUCCCAGAAUGCAAGACCUGUGGAAGAUAUCAAGGACGCGUUCAAAGAUGUCACACCAUACAUUGGAAGACGAGAUUGCACAGUUCAACCAAUAUCUGCUUUGGAAGGAGACGGCGUAGAGAAUGGGAUUGACUGGAUGGUUCGCUGUGUUAAACGGAACAUUUACAGACCAGCUCACACCAAGUAUGAGUUAGCCUAAUUUACUUAUUAGUGUUUCACUGUCUUAGCAUCGUCAGACUCAAAAGUCGUAGGUUUUUUGCCGUCGAAAACGGCACCAGCUUUAGGCCCGCGCGUGUUGCGAGUUUUCGAUCCCAAUACCGCGCGAUAAAACUGGAUGGAGCAACGGUCUGCAAUUGCUCUAAGCAAUCGCUUAUAUAACCAGGUGUUUCCUGCAAAUAUAGCGAUUUUGCAAACCAUAUACGGACCGCUUGCUCAGCUCAUGUUGAGAAACGUUCUAAACCACUUCUGUGGAAUGCAGUUCCGAGAAAUACAGAACACGAGGUGUUGAUUGACACGUGCAAAUGUUGUUGCAAAAUAAGUUGCUAAAGGGUAAUAAGUCGCUUCGGGAAAUUUCUCAUAAACACUAGAAAUACCUCGAAUCUCCACACGUUUUCAAGUUACGCUCUUAGCUAAAUCAUUUUAUUAUCAUGAAAUGAUUGACCCAGCAACGGUACAAAAUAUGCAGAAAGACUCUCAGAGUUACGACUUAGGGUUUGCGUCAGAGAAGUCCGUAAGUAGCGUUGUUUACUAACUAUCUCGCUGGCAAAAUCCCUCGAAACGUCGAGGAAUUUUCUCGUAUAUUUCUGGCAGCUUAUCUUUCAUGUAAAGAUUUUUGAAGAGUCUGCAACUUUAGGGGCCUUGGGAAACUUGAAACGUAUCUAAUUUAGGCUAUCGUAUUGACAUAGUUCACGGCAAAAUUAUCUUAUUCUCGUCUGUGACUCUGUGUACUGUAUUAACCGCACUAAGUUUUGAAUAACUCUGUAGUUUAUCAAAUAAAAACACAUAUUCAUC